GUCAUAUUAUGUGUUACUUGUAUUGAGAGUGAAGUUAAUUCAAAAUUAAGAGCCAAAACAGUUAAUGAAAGCCAUUUGAUAGGACUGUCAACCAAUCAUUUAAAGAGAAAGUCAAUUGAAUUUAUGUUAUGAAUGGUUCACUUGAUUGGUAUAACCAUUGAUUAGAUAACGUGUCUCUUCAUUAUCAACACUUGUCAUACAUAGUGUUAAUUGACUACUCUUUUAAAAAGUACAGAUGUGUUGAGUACAUCAUCAAAAAGUACUGAAGAACUGCUAUUAGCAAUCCUUUGCAGAGCACUUCCCAUCAAUAUAUGAUAUACUAAUUAGUCUAAAGACUAUAAAUAUAAAGUUUUUUCCCAAUUAUUUACAACUGAUUCGUAACUUUAAGACAAUGACAUCAACAACUUUAAAGUUGAAUAACGGACGCGAUUUGCCGUUAGUAGGUUUGGGCACUUGGAAGUCACCCGAAGGACAAGUAUAUGAAGCGGUCAAAGAUGCCAUCGAAGCCGGUUAUCGACACAUAGACUGUGCCUUUGGUUACGGUAACGAAGCAGAGGUCGGCCGUGCACUCAAUGAGUCGAUAACUUCGGGAAAAGUUAAGAGAGAAGAACUUUUUAUUACAAGUAAACUCUGGAAUACUUACCACAAGAGAGAGCGCGUCGAACUGUGUUUGGAUCAGUCACUUAAGGCACUCGGUUUACAAUACCUGGACCUAUAUCUCAUGCAUUGGCCAAGGUAUCAAGAAGGCGACGACAAGUUUCCGAAGAACGCUGCCGGAGAAGUCUUAGUCAGUGAUAUUGAUUUUGUUGAGACGUAUCGCGGAUUAGAAGAUAUGUUGAAUAAAGGRAAAGUUAAAUCAAUUGGUUUAUCAAACUUUAAUUCACAACAAAUUGAUAGACUUCUUAAAGAAACCACUGUUAAGCCUGUAGUCAAUCAAGUUGAAUGUCAUCCAUAUCUCAAUCAAAAACGAUUAAUCAAUUUUUGUCGUCAACGAGAUAUUGUUGUUACGGCUUACAGUCCAUUAGGUUCRCCGGACAGACCGUGGGCUAAGCCGGACGAUCCGUCCAUUCUUGAAGACCCGAAGAUCAAAGAAAUGGCCAAAAAAUAUAAUAAAAGUAGUGCUCAGAUAUUAAUCCGGUUUCAAGUGGAAAGAGAUGUUGCAGUCAUUCCUAAAAGUGUGACAAAAGAGCGCAUCAUUUCAAACAUAGAUGUCUUUGACUUUAAAUUGUCUGCCGAAGACUUGGCUAUUAUUGAGAGUUUUGAUCGCAAAGAAGAGGGACGUAUAAUACAUAUCCGAUGGAAUGGCCCGAAUGUGGCCAACCAUUUGUAUUAUCCAUUUAAUAUUGAAUUUUAA